AUGGAGCGACAACAUUGUAAUUUACUUCAAAACUUUGAUGAACCAAAAAGUGAAAUUUUGAAAAAAAGGUUGCUGAAGGCCACGAAUGCUUCCGUCAGUGUUCAUAAUUCUCUAAAUAAUUCGCACAAUGUUCUGCUAAACACAUUGCGUGCGCCAAUCUCAAACAGUAUGAUCGUUACCUCGGUGCAGGCGCCGCAGAGCUCCAUGCCCAUUACUCACAAUUUAGUAACUCAUUCUAUAGCCCCUGUAAAAAUUCAUACAAACAACUCCCCUUAUCCUCUUCAACUAUCAACAGUUCAUGUUCCAGUCCAAAUACCUGGCUCUACUUCGAACAUUAACGUUCCUGUUCAAUUAUCAGGUGCCACCAGCAGUGUUCCGCUUCAGAUAGCACCAGUUAGUCUCCCCAUACAAGUGUCGGGGACUACAAAUGUACCUGUGCAACUUCCAGCGGGUGAAACCAUUAACGUACCACUUCAAAUACCAGCUGGAAAUCAAAAUAUCCAACUUGCGGGACCAGCUUUGCCUUCUAUGCCUAUACUUCAAAGCACUGGUCCAACACUACAUAACUCAAUAAUACACUUACACAUGGGAUCAAAUCCGAGACCUACAAACCUUGAUGCUGGAUCAGAAUUGCAAAACAAUCAGAUGCAGAUACAAGAGACAAGCAUGCAAGUCAAGAUGAAUAAUCCAACAGCAGUUUCUCAAGCCCAAAUAAGUUCAAAUUCAACAAUAGUGCAAAUACCAAACUCCUCAAGUAAUUCCAUACAGUUGGCUCUUCCAAGUUCUGUAAAUUCGGGAGCUGUACAACUAAGGGGUGCCACAAGGACUGUUCCACAUGUUGUCUAUAUCCAGACACCAACUGGUCUCAAACCUAUGACUAGUACUGAAGUUAUUAGUCAAGCCAGCACAAGUGGAAAUCCUCCACAGAUUAUUGUAAGAAGACCGGUAACAAGUAAUUCCAAUAUACACUUGAUUUCAAAUGUUGGUAAUAAGCCGAAUAUUGCACCCAAAUUACCUGUUCAAAAAGGUGGAUCUAUACUUGCUCCAGCUAACGCAGCACAACCCAUUGUAAUUCAAAAACCCAAAGGCAAUGAAAAAAGUUAUGGUUCCUUUAAAAAGCCCAAGAAUCUAACAGAAAAUCAGUCAAUAUUGAUAUCAAGUAAUCAAGGAAGUGUGAACACCAAUAAUCAAAAACUUUUCAUUACUCCAAUGAACAUCCCCAAAAUACAAAACACCAAGUUUAUUUUGCCUGUCACUUUGCCUGCUACAAUGUCCACAAAGGGUCCAGUUAUUAAUCUACAAAUAGCUAAUGGUCAGAUUCAAAAUGAUCCUCAAGGGAAUAUAACAGUCAUGCGAGAUGCACUAAAUGAAACAUCUGAAAUGCCACCGUUACAGCCGUUGGGGAAAAUAUUAUCUAUCAAUGGCAAAGAUACUUCAGUGCCUCAAAGCCCAAAAUCAGAAAAAGGUUUUACAAUUAGUAUAUCUGGAUCUAGGGCAGAACCAACUGGUGAACAAGGCGAGUAUACCUUGUCGAUACCAGAGACAAAUGCAUCCAUGAAUGAUGACAUUUAUACUGUUUCAAUAGCAGAUGACGAAGGUGGCCAGACUAGAGAAAAAUCCUUUACAUUAGCCAUUCCCGAAAAGAGCAAAAGCCUUUUAAAUAAGAAUGUCAUCGAUAGAAAUGAUUUGGUAACAGCCACGAUAGCAGCUCCAGCUAUAUUACGUCGUUCUAACUCUGACACGGGGGAAAGAAAAACCAGUAAUAGCAACAUCAAGCGACGGAUAUCUUUGUGUACAGAAAAUUUAAACAACAAAAAUUUAAAAUUAUCUGGCCCACUUCCACAUUCAUUAAACAAACUAAACAAUCAGCAAGAAAUAGAGGUUAAUGAUGAUCAUCGGGUUCCUUCUUUGUUCUGCGAUGAGGAACUGGAUAAGGAUAAAGAUUCAGAUAAUGAAGAAUAUAAGGAAAAAUCUGAACCAAAGAUGUCUAAUUCUGAUGACAUCACAUACAUCACGUGUAAACGAGAGGAAACAACCACUGAAGAAGAUCCACCGGGACUAGUUUGGAAUAAAGGUGUCGGAAAGCUACGUGGAAGUGAGCUUAAUUUUAAAAGUAAUGAAUUUGGCCUUAUUGAAGUCCUUGAGGAUAACUUGGAAGGUGGUUCAACUUUAAAGUAUCAUACUCCUCUAAAACAAAGAAUAGAAAAGAAGAAAAUAGCAUCUCCCGAAGAAUUCAUUACUUGUUUUGGCUGUGGGAUUCACGGUAUGGCUGCCGAAUUUACUAACGAAAGCUUCUGCAGCGAAAGUUGUCAAACAGAACAUGAGAAAUCGAUUAUAAAAAAACGGGAGAAGGAAAGAGCUGAUCAAGCGAAAAAGAGAAACAAAAUGAAAAAACUGUUAAUGAGGAAACAAAAUUCCAACUCGGAUCUAAUGAACGAGAAGAACGAGACACCUCUGGGGCAAAGCGAUUCAUUGCCAGAGACACAAAUAUCUGAGGUUUUACUGAUGAAAAUGAACGAAGACUCGAUGGAAAACGAGAAGUAUCCGUGGAUGUGUGGGAAAAACGGAUUUUCUUGGAUGCGCUACUUGGACGUGUGUAAGGCAAAGGCUGCACCUGUGAAACUGUUCAAGGAUCCGUUUCCGUAUAAUAAGAACGGGUUCCGGGUGGGGAUGCGGCUGGAGGCAAUAGACCCGCAGCACCAGUCGCAGUUCUGCGUCGUGUCGGUGGCGGAGGUGCAAGGUUAUCGCAUGAGGCUGCACUUCGACGAUUAUCCAGACGUGUACGACUUCUGGGUGAACGUGGACUCGAUAGACAUUUUCCCGGUGGGCUGGUGCGAGAAGAACGGCCGGUCCCUGAAGCCUCCCUCCGGACACUCCGCCGCCACUUUUUCGUGGCCGCUCUACCUCAAACAAGUGCGCGCUAUCGCUGCCCCUAAACAGAUCUUUGGGCAUCUCUCCACUACCACGGUGGUAAAGCCGCAUAGUUUCCGCAUCGGCAUGAAGUUGGAAGCGGAAGACCGCCACAAUGACAUGGUUUGUGCGGCGACAGUCUCCGACGUUCUGGACGGACGACUUCUAGUACAUUAUGACAGCUGGGACUCCGUGUACGAUUGCUGGUUAGACCCAGCAUCUCCUUACAUACACCCUAUCGGGUGGGCCCAAGACAACGGCCACGCGCUCACCCCGCCUACCUAUUACAAAGAAACCGAGUUCUCAUGGGAGACCUACCUUUCGGACACGAUGUCCAUAGCGGCGCCGCCCCGAGCCUUCAAGCCUCGUCCGCCCGCUGGCUUCAAACCUGGCAUGAAGUUAGAGGUCGUCGACAAGAGGGUGCCGUUUUUAAUUCGCGUGGCAACGAUAAGUGCGGUGCGGGGUCAUCAAGUGCGCGUGUCUUACGAUGGGUGGCCGGACACGCUCUCCCAUUGGCUGGACGACGACUCACCUGACUUACAUCCUGUGGGAUGGUGUCUCAAGACUGGACAUCCUCUGGAACCACCCCUCACUGCCGAAGAGUUCCGCGUGAGCGGGCCUUGCGGCGUGGGCGGAUGUCGCGGCUUGGGCUCGGUGAGGGGCGGAGCGCACAAACAACACGCCGCAGCCUCCGCUUGCCCAUACCGGAACCCGGAAGCCGUGUUGCCAGACCGCAGAUCCCAAUCGAAAUCAGUUAAAUCAUCCCAAUCACUGACUCCGACAAGUGAUACGCCAAAAGAAAAACCCGGCCGCGGCCGACCUCCCAAACACAAAAGAGUUGAAGAAGUCACCAAAACUGAGCCGGUGUCCGACGACGAGUCAUUGUCCAGUAGUGGGGGGAAGAGAUGGCGUGGGGCGUCGGUCGGGCCGGAGAUGGCCGUGAAACAGCCCUCGCCGUCGCCGCCCGCGCCCCCCAUGCGGCCGACUCCGCACGCCCAGCCCCCAAUCGUCAUGCUGCCGUCCACUCCGAGAUCUCUCAUCGCCUAUCACCUGGCCGAACUAGCCCUCUGUCCCGAUCCCACUACGUGGACUCAGAAAGAGGUGUCGGCACUAGUGUCGCGUGUGGCGGGAGCGACAGCGGGAGCGGCGGCGGCGGCGGCACGCCUCUCGGGGGCCGAACUGUUGAUGGCCUCCUGCGAGGAACUCGUGCAUUGCCUUCGGCUUAGACUAGGGCCCGCUGUCAAGGUGUACGCGGCGGUGCGGCACCUGCGCGACCGGCUCUCGUGA